AUGUCGCGCCGCGCCAAAUCCAACGUGUUGGUCCGACCGAUGUGCGUUUGGUUUGGAACACGGUGUAUGCCGAAAAAAACUGGUACGUGCUCGUACGUGCGUGCUCAUGUCCUUACGCUGUCGGUGGACCACGCGCUGUCCGCGCCGCCCGUUGUCCACGGCGAGUUGUGGGAGUGCUUUCAGCUCCACUGUGCUGCACAACGAAGAAGUCUUCCCAAUGCCAAACAGACUGAGCCAAUCCAAAGUGCGAAGAACGAGAACCAAGACGACCACGGUCAUAACACAAUCUUCUCGGACGAGCAGACGAUCUUGUAUGAGCAAGAGGGGAAUGGACACUUUGAAGUGCGAGUGCUGGGAGAUUGGCAGAAGAAGGAGCUGAAGAGGGGCGAGAACAAGGAUGACUUACCCAGCAUCAGUCAGGCGCGCUUCAACAAAACGGAAACCCACCUGGCUUGCUGCGGCUUCAAGGGGCUACAAGUUUUCUCCCUGGAUGGAUCCAUGCCAGUGCCGCCAGCGGCUCCGCCGGCGGCCACACCAGCGGCGACCCCGGCAGCUGCCGCUGCUACGGACGCAGCGCCAGCAGCCGAGGCACCAGCAGCCGAGGCACCAGCGGAGCCAGCAGCAGAGGCGGCACCGGCAGCUGAAGCAGCCCCAGGUGAGGCGGUGCCAGUCGAAGAGGCGGUGCCAGCUGAAGCUGCGCCGGCAGAUGCGCCAGCGGAGAAACCUGCUGAGGGGGAAGCAGAAGCUCUUGCAGCAUGA